GAAUUUUUAAUUUGUAUGCAACACAGAGAAGGCCACAGUUGUCAAGACCUAUUAGGAAGGAGACUUUGUGUUCUAAUUUCUUCUUUGCUUUCUUGUAGCUUGGCAUUCAUUAAACGCACUCCAGUCAUUGAUGCAGACAAACCAGUGUCUUCCCAGCUCCGCAUUCUCACGCUCAGCGAGGACUCCCCAUAUGAAACCUUGCAUUCUUUCAUUAGCAAUGCGGUGGCUCCUUUCUUUAAGUCCUACAUCAGAGAGUCUGGCAAGGCAGACAGGGAUGGUGAUAAAAUGGCUCCUUCAGUUGAAAAAAAGAUUGCGGAACUUGAAAUGGGACUCCUUCACCUGCAGCAAAACAUUGAAAUUCCAGAGAUCAGCUUGCCAAUUCAUCCAAUUAUUACAAAUGUCGCAAAGCAGUGUUACGAGCGUGGAGAAAAGCCCAAAGUUACAGACUUUGGAGAUAAGGUUGAAGACCCAACUUUUCUCAAUCAGCUACAAUCCGGAGUUAACCGCUGGAUCCGAGAAAUUCAGAAAGUGACCAAACUCGACCGAGACCCUGCCUCGGGAACGGCCUUACAAGAAAUCAGUUUUUGGCUGAACUUGGAACGUGCGUUGUACCGCAUACAGGAGAAGCGCGAGAGCCCCGAGGUUCUGCUUACGCUGGAUAUCCUGAAGCACGGCAAGCGCUUCCAUGCCACCGUCAGUUUCGACACUGACACAGGUCUAAAACAGGCUUUGGAAACCGUGAAUGACUACAACCCUCUGAUGAAAGAUUUCCCUCUGAACGAUUUGCUGUCUGCCACUGAGCUGGACAAGAUCAGGCAGGCUCUUGUGGCGAUCUUCACCCAUUUGAGAAAGAUCCGGAACACGAAGUAUCCCAUCCAGAGAGCCCUGCGCUUGGUGGAGGCCAUUUCAAGAGACUUGAGUUCCCAGUUACUCAAAGUGUUGGGCACUAGAAAACUAAUGCAUGUUGCUUAUGAAGAAUUUGAAAAAGUUAUGGUUGCGUGCUUUGAAGUGUUUCAGACUUGGGAUGAUGAAUACGAGAAACUUCAGGUGUUGUUGAGAGACAUUGUCAAACGGAAAAGGGAAGAAAAUCUGAAGAUGGUGUGGCGAAUCAACCCUGCCCACAGGAAGCUUCAGGCUCGCCUAGACCAGAUGAGGAAGUUUCGACGGCAGCACGAACAGCUGAGAGCAGUCAUCGUCAGGGUCCUGAGGCCACAGGUCACAGCGGUUGCACAGCAGAAUCAAGGGGAGGUCCCUGAACCCCAGGAUAUGAAAGUAGCUGAGGUUCUUUUUGAUGCCGCUGAUGCGAAUGCUAUUGAGGAGGUAAACCUCGCCUACGAGAAUGUCAAGGAAGUGGAUGGACUGGAUGUUUCCAAAGAAGGCACAGAGGCGUGGGAGGCCGCCAUGAAGAGAUACGAUGAGAGGAUUGACAGGGUGGAGACCCGGAUCACUGCUCGCCUUCGCGAUCAGCUCGGCACGGCCAAGAAUGCUAAUGAGAUGUUUAGGAUUUUCUCCAGGUUCAACGCACUGUUUGUCAGGCCUCACAUCCGCGGGGCCAUCCGUGAAUACCAGACCCAGCUAAUCCAGCGCGUGAAAGACGACAUUGAGUCUCUUCACGACAAGUUCAAAGUCCAGUACCCACAGAGUCAGGCGUGUAAGAUGAGCCACGUGCGCGAUCUGCCGCCUGUGUCUGGGUCCAUCAUCUGGGCGAAGCAGAUUGACAGACAGCUGACCGCCUACAUGAAGCGUGUGGAGGACGUCCUGGGCAAGGGCUGGGAGAACCACGUGGAGGGGCAGAAGCUGAAGCAGGAUGGCGACAGUUUCCGCAUGAAGCUCAACACCCAAGAAAUAUUUGACGACUGGGCCCGGAAGGUGCAGCAGCGGAACCUGGGCGUCUCGGGGCGCAUCUUCACCAUCGAAAGUACCCGGGUUCGUGGCCGAUCCGGGAACGUCCUCAAGCUUAAGGUCAACUUCCUCCCCGAGAUUAUCACACUUUCAAAAGAAGUUCGAAACCUCAAGUGGCUUGGUUUCCGAGUCCCUCUGGCGAUUGUGAACAAGGCUCAUCAAGCCAACCAGCUCUACCCGUUUGCCAUCUCCCUGAUUGAGAGCGUGCGCACCUACGAGCGCACCUGUGAGAAGGUGGAGGAACGGAACACCAUCUCUCUGCUGGUGGCCGGCCUGAAGAAGGAGGUGCAGGCCCUGAUCGCAGAGGGCAUCGCCUUGGUGUGGGAGUCCUACAAACUCGACCCGUACGUGCAGCGGCUGGCGGAGACUGUCUUCAACUUCCAGGAAAAGGUGGAUGAUCUGCUGAUUAUUGAAGAAAAAAUAGACCUGGAAGUGCGUUCCCUGGAAACCUGUCUGUACGAUCACAAGACUUUCUCAGAGAUCCUGAACAGGGUCCAGAAAGCUGUGGACGACCUCAACCUGCACUCGUACUCCAACCUGCCCAUCUGGGUCAACAAGCUGGACAUGGAGAUUGAAAGAAUACUGGGUGUCCGCCUGCAAGCUGGCCUCAGAGCUUGGACCCAGGUGCUUCUUGGACAAGCUGAAGAUAAAUCAGAAGUUGACAUGGACACAGACGCGCCACAAGUUAGUCACAAGCCUGGUGGAGAGCCAAAGAUCAAGAAUGUCAUUCACGAGCUCAGAAUAACCAAUCAGGUCAUCUACUUGAACCCGCCCAUCGAAGAGUGCAGGUACAAGCUGUAUCAGGAGAUGUUUGCCUGGAAGAUGAUCGUGCUGUCCCUCCCCAGGAUCCAGAGUCAGAGGUACCAGGUGAGCCUCCUGGCCAGGCCGCCCAGUCUCUGCGACCACCUCUCCCCGGUCUCCUUAAAUACAGCUCUUGGCGUCUUUUCAACUCCUGGCUUCAGGCCCUGCUCUCUAAGGGGAGAAGCCUGUGUGCCUGACUUUUCUCGAAGUACUUUUCCCAGUCGUUACGUUUGCAGCUCAGAAAAAUUGGAUAGAAAUCACUCUUUCAGGGCAUACAUAGGAAAGAGAACUUUAACAUCCAGGUUUCUACCAAACCUGCAUCGUUCAACCUGCUUGGUGUUUUCCCUCCAGGUGCGAAUCAUGUUUGAAGUGCAGGACCUGAAGUACGCCACCCUGGCCACAGUGUCGCGCUGCGGCAUGGUCUGGUUCAGCGAGGACGUGCUCAGCACAGACAUGAUCUUCAACAACUUCCUGGCCCGGCUGCGCAGCAUCCCCCUGGACGAAGGGGAGGACGAGGCCCAGCGCCGGCGCAAGGGCAAGGAGGACGAGGGGGAGGAGGCUGCGUCCCCGAUGCUGCAGAUCCAAAGGGACGCGGCAACCAUCAUGCAGCCGUACUUCACGUCCAACGGCCUGGUCACCAAGGCCCUGGAGCACGCCUUCAAGCUGGAGCACAUCAUGGACCUGACCCGCCUGCGCUGCCUGGGCUCCCUGUUCUCCAUGCUGCACCAGGCCUGCCGCAACGUGGCCCAGUACAACGCCAACCACCCCGACUUCCCCAUGCAGAUCGAGCAGCUGGAGCGCUACAUCCAGCGGUAUCUGGUUUAUGCCAUUCUCUGGUCCUUGUCUGGGGACAGUCGGCUGAAAAUGAGGGCAGAGCUGGGCGAGUACAUCAGAAGGAUCACGACCGUGCCCCUGCCCGCUGCACCCAACAUCCCCAUCAUUGAUUACGAGGUGUCCAUCAGUGGAGAGUGGUCGCCGUGGCAGGCCAAGGUGCCUCAGAUUGAAGUGGAGACCCACAAGGUGGCGGCCCCAGACGUCGUCGUGCCGACCCUGGACACGGUCCGCCACGAAGCCCUCCUGUACACCUGGCUGGCCGAGCACAAGCCACUGGUCUUGUGUGGCCCCCCCGGGUCCGGCAAAACCAUGACGCUCUUCAGUGCCCUGCGGGCCCUGCCCGACAUGGAGGUGGUGGGUCUGAACUUCUCCAGCGCCACCACUCCAGAGCUGCUGCUGAAGACCUUCGACCACUACUGCGAGUACCGGCGCACGCCCAACGGCGUCGUCCUGGCUCCCGUCCAGCUGGGCAAGUGGCUGGUGCUGUUCUGUGAUGAGAUCAACUUGCCAGACAUGGACAAGUACGGGACGCAGAGGGUCAUCUCCUUCAUCAGACAGAUGGUGGAACAUGGAGGCUUCUACCGAACCUCAGAUCAAACCUGGGUGAAGCUGGAGAGGAUCCAGUUUGUCGGGGCUUGCAAUCCGCCCACGGAUCCUGGGAGAAAGCCUCUCUCUCACAGAUUCUUGCGUCACGUGCCUGUGGUGUACGUGGAUUACCCGGGACCCGCCUCCCUGACACAGAUCUACGGCACCUUCAACCGGGCCAUGCUGCGGCUCAUCCCGUCGCUGCGCACGUAUGCGGAGCCGCUCACGGCCGCCAUGGUGGAGUUCUACACCAUGUCUCAGGAGAGGUUCACCCAGGACACACAGCCCCACUACAUCUACUCGCCCCGUGAGAUGACGAGGUGGGUGCGGGGCAUCUUCGAGGCCCUGCGGCCGCUGGAGACUCUGCCUGUGGAAGGGCUCAUCAGAAUCUGGGCCCAUGAAGCCCUGCGCCUCUUCCAAGACAGGCUUGUGGAGGACGAGGAGCGGCGCUGGACCGACGAGAACAUCGACAUGGUGGCUCUGAAGCACUUCCCCAACAUCGACAAGGAGAGAGCCAUGCCCUGCAGUCAGCCAUGUCCCUCCUCUAUGUGGCUCCAGCGUGAUUACAUCCCAGUAGACCAAGAAGAGUUAAGAGAUUAUGUCAAAGCAAGGCUGAAAGUCUUCUAUGAAGAAGAGCUUGACGUUCCUCUGGUCCUGUUUAACGAAGUGCUGGACCACGUGCUCAGGAUCGACCGAAUAUUCCGCCAGCCUCAAGGCCACUUGCUUCUGAUUGGGGUCAGUGGAGCGGGAAAAACCACCCUGUCCCGAUUCGUGGCCUGGAUGAACGGUUUGAGUGUGUACCAGAUCAAGGUCCACAGGAAGUACACGGGGGAAGACUUUGACGAAGACCUUCGGACAGUGUUGAGACGUUCUGGCUGCAAAAAUGAAAAGAUAGCGUUUAUAAUGGACGAGUCCAACGUGUUAGAUUCUGGAUUCCUGGAGCGAAUGAAUACGCUUCUGGCCAAUGGAGAGGUCCCUGGUCUGUUCGAAGGCGAUGAGUACGCCACCUUGAUGACCCAGUGCAAAGAGGGGGCCCAGAAGGAGGGCCUGAUGCUGGACUCGCACGAGGAGCUGUACAAGUGGUUCACCAGCCAGGUCAUCCGCAACCUCCACGUCGUCUUCACCAUGAACCCGUCCUCCGAGGGGCUCAAGGACCGGGCGGCCACGUCCCCGGCUCUUUUCAACAGGUGUGUGUUAAACUGGUUUGGGGACUGGUCCACGGAAGCGCUCUAUCAAGUUGGCAAAGAAUUCACCAGCAAGAUGGACCUGGAGAAGCCGAAUUACAUUGUGCCCGACUACAUGCCGGUCGUGUAUGACAAACUGCCGCAGCCGCCGUCACACCGGGAGGCCAUCGUGAACAGCUGUGUGUUUGUCCACCAGACUCUUCACCAGGCUAAUGCUCGGCUCGCCAAGCGGGGCGGCAGGACGAUGGCCAUCACGCCUCGCCACUACCUGGACUUCAUCAACCACUACGCCAACCUGUUCCACGAGAAGCGCAGCGAGCUGGAGGAGCAACAGAUGCACCUGAACGUCGGGCUCAGGAAGAUCAAGGAGACCGUGGACCAGGUAGAAGAGCUGCGUCGUGACUUGAGGAUAAAGAGCCAAGAGCUGGAGGUGAAGAAUGCGGCCGCCAAUGACAAGCUGAAGAAGAUGGUGAAGGACCAGCAAGAGGCCGAAAAGAAAAAGGUCAUGAGCCAGGAAAUCCAGGAGCAGCUGCACAAGCAGCAGGAGGUCAUCGCAGACAAGCAGAUGAGCGUCAAGGAAGACCUGGACAAGGUGGAGCCCGCCGUCAUCGAGGCCCAGAACGCUGUGAAGUCCAUCAAGAAGCAGCACCUGGUGGAGGUGCGGUCCAUGGCCAACCCCCCUGCCGCCGUGAAGCUGGCGCUCGAGUCCAUCUGUCUGCUGCUGGGCGAGAGCACCACGGACUGGAAGCAGAUCCGCUCCAUCAUCAUGCGGGAGAACUUCAUCCCCACCAUCGUGAACUUCUCUGCCGAGGAGAUCAGUGAUGCCAUAAGGGAGAAGAUGAAGAAAAACUACAUGUCCAACCCGAGCUACAACUAUGAAAUUGUGAACCGGGCUUCCCUGGCCUGCGGGCCGAUGGUGAAGUGGGCCAUCGCACAGCUCAACUACGCAGACAUGCUGAAGCGCGUGGAGCCUCUGCGCAACGAGCUGCAGAAGCUGGAGGACGACGCCAAGGACAACCAGCAGAAGGCCAACGAGGUGGAGCAGAUGAUCCGGGACCUGGAGGCCAGCAUCGCCCGCUACAAGGAGGAGUACGCGGUGCUCAUCUCCGAGGCCCAGGCCAUCAAAGCAGACCUGGCCGCCGUUGAGGCGAAAGUGAACCGGAGCACUGCCCUUCUGAAGAGUCUGUCUGCUGAACGCGAACGAUGGGAAAAAACAAGCGAAACCUUCAAAAACCAGAUGUCCACCAUCGCUGGGGACUGCCUCCUGUCGGCGGCGUUCAUUGCUUAUGCAGGUUACUUCGACCAGCAGAUGCGGCAGAACCUGUUCACCACGUGGUCCCACCACCUGCAGCAGGCCAAUAUCCAGUUCCGCACAGACAUCGCCAGGACGGAGUACCUUUCCAAUGCUGACGAGCGCCUCCGCUGGCAGGCCAGCUCCCUACCUGCCGACGACCUGUGCACAGAGAACGCCAUCAUGCUCAAACGCUUCAACAGGUACCCGCUGAUCAUCGACCCCUCGGGACAGGCCACGGAGUUCAUCAUGAACGAGUACAAGGACCGCAAGAUCACGCGGACCAGCUUCCUGGACGACGCCUUCAGGAAGAACCUGGAGAGCGCGCUGCGGUUCGGGAACCCGCUGCUGGUCCAGGACGUGGAAAGCUACGACCCGGUGUUGAAUCCGGUGCUGAACCGCGAGGUGCGGCGCACGGGAGGGAGAGUGCUGAUCACCCUCGGGGACCAGGACAUUGACCUGUCCCCCUCCUUCGUCAUCUUCCUGUCCACCCGCGACCCAACCGUGGAGUUCCCGCCAGACCUCUGCUCCCGGGUCACCUUCGUCAACUUCACCGUCACCCGCAGCAGCUUACAAAGCCAGUGUCUCAAUGAGGUGCUCAAAGCAGAAAGACCUGACGUGGACGAGAAACGCUCCGACCUUCUUAAGCUCCAAGGGGAGUUCCAGCUCCGCCUGCGGCAGCUGGAGAAGUCCCUGCUGCAGGCGCUCAACGAGGUGAAGGGGCGCAUCCUGGACGACGACACCAUCAUCACGACGCUGGAGAACCUCAAGCGGGAGGCCGCCGAGGUGACGCGAAAGGUCGAGGAGACCGACAUCGUGAUGCAGGAGGUGGAGACGGUGUCCCAGCAGUACCUGCCGCUGUCCACCGCCUGCAGCAGCAUCUACUUCACCAUGGAGUCCCUGAAGCAGAUACACUUCCUGUACCAGUACUCGCUGCAGUUCUUCCUGGACAUCUACCACAACGUCCUGUACGAGAACCCCAACCUGAAGGGCAUCACGGACCACACGCAGCGCCUCUCCAUCAUCACCAAGGACCUCUUCCAGGUGGCGUUCAACCGGGUGGCCAGGGGCAUGCUGCACCAGGACCACAUCACCUUCGCCAUGCUGCUGGCCAGGAUCAAGCUGAAGGGCACCCUCGGGGAGCCCACCUACGAUGCGGAGUUCCAGCACUUCCUGCGAGGGAAGGAGAUCGUGCUGACGGCCGGCUCCACGCCCACCAUCCAGGGCCUGACUGUGGAGCAGGCGGAAGCCGUCGUGAGGCUGAGCUGCCUCCCUGCGUUCAGAGACCUGAUCGCCAAGGUUCAGGCCGACGAGCAAUUCGGCAUCUGGCUGGACAGCAGCUCCCCUGAGCAGACGGUGCCCUACCUCUGGAGUGAAGAGAGCCCCGCAACGCCCAUCGGGCAAGCCAUCCACCGCCUGCUCCUGAUCCAGGCUUUCCGCCCCGACCGCCUGCUGGCCAUGGCCCACGUGUUUGUCUCCACGAACCUCGGCGAGUCCUUCAUGUCCAUCAUGGAGCAGCCGCUCGACCUGACGCACAUCGUGGACACAGAGGUAAAGCCGAACACGCCUGUCCUCAUGUGCUCCGUGCCUGGUUAUGAUGCCAGCGGGCACGUGGAAGACCUGGCGGCCGAGCAGAACACGCAGAUCACAUCCAUCGCGAUCGGCUCAGCAGAAGGCUUCAACCAAGCGGACAAGGCCAUCAACACGGCGGUGAAGUCGGGCAGGUGGGUGAUGCUGAAGAACGUGCACCUGGCCCCGGGGUGGCUGAUGCAGCUCGAGAAGAAGCUGCACUCCCUGCAGCCGCACGCCUGCUUCCGGCUCUUCCUCACCAUGGAGAUCAACCCCAAGGUGCCCGUGAACCUGCUCCGAGCCGGCCGCAUCUUCGUGUUUGAGCCGCCCCCGGGAGUGAAGGCCAACAUGCUGAGGACGUUCAGCAGCAUCCCCGUCGCGCGGAUAUGCAAGUCUCCCAACGAGCGUGCGCGCUUGUACUUCCUGCUGGCCUGGUUCCACGCCAUCAUCCAGGAACGCUUACGGUAUGCUCCCCUGGGCUGGUCAAAGAAGUACGAGUUCGGGGAGUCGGACCUGCGGUCGGCCUGCGACACCGUGGACACGUGGCUGGACGACACGGCAAAGGGGCGGCAGAACAUCUCGCCGGAUAAGAUCCCCUGGUCCGCGCUGAAGACCUUGAUGGCCCAGUCCAUCUACGGCGGGCGCGUGGACAACGAGUUUGACCAGCGUCUGCUCAACACCUUCCUGGAGCGCCUGUUCACCACGAAGAGUUUCGACAGCGAGUUCAAGCUGGCCUGCAAGGUCGACGGGCACAAGGACAUCCAAAUGCCGGACGGCAUCAGGCGAGAGGAGUUCGUGCAGUGGGUGGAGCUGCUCCCCGACACCCAGACACCCUCCUGGCUGGGCCUGCCCAACAACGCCGAGAGAGUCCUCCUCACCACCCAGGGCGUGGACAUGAUCAGCAAGAUGCUAAAGAUGCAGAUGCUGGAGGACGAGGACGACCUGGCCUACGCGGAGACCGAGAAGAAGGCGCGGGCGGACUCCACGUCCGACGGGCGCCCCGCCUGGAUGAGGACGCUGCACACCACCGCCUCCAACUGGCUGCACCUCAUCCCCCAGACGCUGAGCCAUCUCAAGCGAACAGUGGACAACAUCAAGGACCCUUUGUUCCGAUUCUUCGAGAGAGAAGUGAAGAUGGGCGCCAAGUUGCUGCAGGAUGUCCGCCAGGAUCUCGCUGACGUCGUCCAAGUGUGCGAAGGGAAGAAGAAGCAGACCAACUACCUGCGCACGCUCAUAAACGAGCUGGUGAAAGGGAUCUUGCCGCGCAGCUGGUCCCACUACACGGUACCUGCGGGCAUGACCGUCAUCCAGUGGGUGUCUGACUUCAGCGAGAGGAUCAAACAGCUACAGAAUAUUUCUCUGGCGGCUGCGUCUGGCGGUGCCAAGGAGCUGAAGAACAUCCACGUGUGUCUGGGUGGCCUGUUCGUGCCCGAGGCGUACAUCACCGCCACGAGGCAGUACGUGGCCCAGGCCAACAGCUGGUCCCUGGAGGAGCUCUGCCUGGAGGUCAAUGUCACCACUUCGCAGAACACCACCCUGGACGCCUGCAGCUUUGGGGUCACGGGUCUGAAGCUGCAGGGGGCCAUGUGCAGCAACAACAAGCUCUCGCUCUCCAACGCCAUCUCCACGGUCCUGCCCCUCACACAGCUGCGCUGGGUCAAGCAGACAAACGCGGAGAAGAAAGCUAACGUGGUGACCUUACCUGUCUACCUGAACUUCACCCGGGCAGACCUCAUCUUCACGGUGGACUUUGAAAUUGCCACCAAGGAAGACCCUCGCAGCUUCUACGAGCGUGGGGUCGCCGUCCUGUGCACGGAGUGAACGACGUUUCCCAGCUCCCGUCUGUAGGGGACGAUGCAAUAUUUAACACGGACUCAUUCUCAUUCUUAAACCUUCGAAAGGCAUGCACUUGUCGGAGCCAGGUCGUCGGUUUGAGGCUGGAGGAGCGUGAGGACGGACGGUCAGGACUGGUGGGAGGUGAGGUGGGCGGGCCCAGGCACGUGUUUUGAGGGUCGAUGGCAUGGCUUGUUUUAUUAAAUAAAACACUAAGCAUGA